AUGCUCAUGCACACUGACAAUGGCAUAACUAACUUGACGGAUCUCUGCGGUUUCGGUGGGCACCAGGGGGCCCCAGCGCUUUCCCAUGGGUUUCCCUUCGGUUUGCCCGUCCAUCGAUUUUCUCCCCCAGGUGGACCGCACCAAAACCCCCAAAACCAAGGCCCCCCUGGAGCGAACGGAAUCGCCAGUAGCUCCGGAAGCACAAGUGACUUGAAAGCGAAGAAAGCCAGACAUAGAACUACAUUUUCCGUCUACCAACUGUCGGUUCUGGAGUCCGCGUUCGACAUGUGUCCCUACCCUGACGCCCUCACUCGCGAGGACAUCGCCAGUCGCCUGCAGCUCUCCGAGUCUCGGGUGCAGGUUUGGUUCCAGAAUCGUCGUGCGAAGUGGCGCAAGCAGGAGACUGAUGGCACGGGGGGUCACGGGAGUAGCCCUGGUGGUGGUGGAGCCGGCGGCGGCGGCAGUGGUGGCGGCGGUGGUGGUGAUCCAAUCGACUACACUGCAGCGGCAUCAGUUGUCAGACGCAAGCGAGCCUCCCCUGGGGACGAGGGUGGCGACCAGGCCGGGGGACCGAAGCGCCUCGCAUUUUCUGUCCACAGCCUCACCGAAAGCGAUGAAGCCUUUGAAAAUGAGUACAACCAACGUGGCGAGAAUGCAUUUCUCCAUCAACCAAGUCAAAUGGCUGGAGGCACUUUCCUCCGUUACCUCUGUUCCUUGUUCUCCACAAACGGGAGCGGACCUUCCCCCGAGAGGCUUCCGCUUUCCUCGAACCCCCUUCUAUCCCUUCCCCAGUACCCCUUCCCAGUGCAACCCCGCGCCGACCUCCCAAUGCCCCUCUUUUCUCCUCCUCCUCCCCCACCGCCGCAUCAUCCCCCGUCGAAAUCAGCGCCAACUGAACCUCAGAGAGUGGAGAACCGGUGUCUUGAUAGCUCCCUCGACUCGAGGUACCAAUUAGCCAAGAAGUUCCUCGACUCUCUCAUCCUCCAGAAGGCAGCUUUUGAACAAGUACAAAAACGCGAAUCAGAUUAG